GGUGGACGCCGAACAAGAUGCUCUGCUUCUGCGGCUAGCCGCACGCCCGCUUACACGGGGACCUCUGCCUCGUCAGCUGAAACAGAGGAGGGUCAACAACAAGCGGGCGUGAUGUUGCCGACGCGCAGCUCACGGAACGGAAGGGAGUCGCAAGAGAAGCACACUGGGCUUUUUCGGAUUCGCCAGCAAAAUUACUACAGCUCGGGCGGUUCGAAGCCAUUGUCGCCAGAACAAGAGGGUGGGGCAUCAAAUACCAAAAUGACUUUUAAGGGACCGCUUAUACCCAUGGAUUCGCGGGUCCCUGAUGAGUUUCCGAUCAAUACCGUUCCUUGUCCGCAGGCUGAGUACUCUAAUCCUCAACUUCAAGUACCUCAAGGGGCAACAGAAGUCAUUACCAACGACCACGCAGGGAGUGUGGGCAACAAGCGUCAGCCGUACAUUUUUCAGCAAUCGAAGCACGCUACAUCGGCCAGUGUGGGGGGCUCGCCCCGGCAUCAUUCGCGCAGUUGCAUGGUAGAGCGUCACCAGCAAGACCAAUCUAUGAGUGCAAGAACGCUGCGGGCGUCACGCGCCUUGUCUUGGUCAUCGUGCCACCCUGGAGAAACGAGCGUCGAUGACCUUCUCAAGCUGCGACAAAAGCUGGCGCAAGCAUGCGGUGUUCCGGAACAUCACAAUGCCGCCUGUACAUUUUGACAUAUCAUGUGACUAUUAUAGUUAGUAGUUUUCUACAUCUACGAAUUUCCCUAGCUCCUCGUCUUCUAGAUGCCAUGAGAAAUCGAAAAUGAAAAUCUAGUCGAUUUUGAUGUUUCAUAACACUGGGUAACUCCGAUUACUAGUGAUCAUAUUUAUCACAGGUGUGAGCACCGGUCAGGGUCAUGCGCAAGGCAAUGUAGUUGGGGGAGACGACGUAGAGGGCAUGCUUACUGUCCUGCAAGAAUGCCACGCCACAGUCGGCAAACAGCUCAGCAUGCUUCGUGAGCGCCAUCAACGGGAGGAAACGAGUGCUGGUAGCCCGUCCAGGAAAAGUUUCAUGCAUGCGACCACAAGAAGCAGCAACGAUGAAGCAAAAUUUUCUGAGGAGUUUGCGUCACAAAGGGAGCUGAGUUGUCUGCAGCAACGUCUGCAUAGUGCAAUGUGGAAACAUGGUGAUGGCACAACAAGGGUAAGCGACAUCAGAGUUAAGGCUUUUGUGAAACCAGUUUUCAAGAAGGAUAAGAAAUUCUCGUAACUACAUAUUUAAGAAGACAUCGUCUUCGAGUUUUGGGUGCGCCGGCCCGCACUUUCUCGUUCUAAAAUUUUGAUGAAUACAUGUGAAGAAUAUAUUUAGUGAAGAAUAUAUUUACGUAAGUGCUGCAGCUGCAGCAUCAGAUGAUGAGUUGACGAAGUUGUUCUAAAACGAAUGACAUGACGCGGCCAGGUGCUCGAGACUUACAGUACAUGAUGGAUGGUCUUUUGCAGCAACAACAGAAUGCAUCCGGCGACCCCGAAGCUUGGAGACGACUCCACACGCCGGAUGAAAGCUUCCUCAAUCCCGCUGCCGCAGAAAGGUCACGACAGCAGCUGACGCAAGUAGACCGUUCAUCGGCGAACUGUGAGCCCUACUUGUCACAAUCUACAGAUUGGUCAUCGGGUUCCGCGUCUCCCACAAACGCGAGCAACUCGCCCACGCACGCGGCUUGCAUGUACUUCUAGGCAUACUCUAAAAAUCAUCUUCCUUUUUCACCUUCUCCUGUAGCAGCCAGCGGUACAUCGCAGUUCUUGAGUGAUUUAGUACUUGUUCUUGUUGUAAAAAUUUUAGCAUUUUUUUCUACUUUUGGCGCAAGGCCUGAAGCAACGGAUUUAUGCAGUUUGAAAGAUUAAGAUUUUUGAUGUCAUUUUCAGGGUGCCGGUAGUGUUUCAUCCAGUGAUGGCGUCGACCAACUGCAACUCGCCGCUUCAAGGGUUUGCGUGCUGUCCACAAGUAAUGCCGAUGGCCACAACUGUUUAUGCUUCCGCUGGGAUGGCCGCGCCCACCAACCAAGACUGGUGCGAACCGUCUUCAAUGUUGCAAUUCGAAAUGGUCGGCUUCUUAAGGCUUUCUAAAAUUCAAAAAGAAACACUGAUGUGCGUCGUUUUUGUCAAUAAUAUCCAAGAUUUUUCUGGGUAAUUACUACGAAAACGGAGAUGGACAACAAGAACGUGAGUUGUGUUUAGAGAUGAUCUUUUAUCGUGAUGACUUCGUGGUCGAAUUCGAUCUAAAAUACCCUUCCUCCCCUGUCGCGAUCGCGAGUGCUCCAGCAAUGAACAACUGCGUGAUAUGGACUAACGUAGCAGCACCGCAGACCUCCAGUGCGGUAGAGACUUAUGCAAUUGCUUACAUAUUUUUUUAUCUCUUGUUCUGCAACAACAACUUCUCAGUUCGCAAUAAGUAGUUAGAGGAACAUGCAGCUUGUAUUCGAGUUGGCUAGCUAAAUUUGACAACUCCGAGAGUGGAGGUCGUGGUCAGCGUCGGCGACCGCGACGUGCGUUAGUAAAUUAUUUCUUGACUCACUUGUUCUACUUCUUCUUACCUUUUACUUCUAAGCUCAGUGUGGAAUACGAAUACCUGCGCUGGAACUCCCGCCGUCGCUAGGAACAAG